CCCCGAUGAGCAAUCCGCAACCCCGCACCAGCAACACACGCAUAAACAAACCCCUCACCCAACCUUCUUUCCCCCACCGCAACCUCCACUUAUCAUCAACCUCAUCAACUUCAUCAACCUCACUCACCUACCACCAACAAUCCCAUCCUACACCCCAAAAAUCACUCACCAGACAAUCCACCACCCAGCAUGCCCCCCCAACCCCACCUCGACCACAUCGUCCUCCUCGUCUCGCACGCCACCCUCGAAUCCCUCCCCUCCCGCCUCAUCGAAUCCUUCCAUCUCGCCCCAGGCGGCACCCACUCCGACGGCCUGACCACCAACAAGCUCAUCUUGUUGCAAGACGGAGUCUACCUCGAGCUAAUCGCCUUCGUCGCCGACAUCGAUCCCGAGAAGCGCCGGUCACACCGCUGGGGCACCCAGCCCGAGAACACCGUGAUCGACUGGGCGCUCACCCUCGCCUCGGCCGAGGAGUUCGGGGCGGUGCAGCGGCGGGUGGAGGCUGCACGGUCCGCGACGGGGAUUGUGUAUACAGAUCCUGUGGCUGGGGGAAGGGUGAGGGAGGGGGAUGGGGUGAGGUUGGAGUGGGAGAUCAGUUCUGCUGUCUAUGAUGAUGGGGGGGAUGGGCAUGAAGCUCCGGGGAAGGUUGAGGUGGGUCGGUUGCCGUUUUGGUGUUUGGAUAGGACGCCAAGAGCGUGGCGGGUUCCGUACCGGGAAGGGGAGGGCCUGACGAGGCAUCCUUCGGGCGUGACCGGGGUGGCCGGGGUGACAGUUGUGGUGCCUGCGGGAGAGAGGGAGAGGUUGAGUGAGGUUUAUACUCCCGUUUUUGGGGACGGGUCUGAGGGUUUGUGGGGGGUGGAUGUUCCGUCUUCAGAGGCCGGGGGGAGACGUAAGGUCAAAUUGGUGGGGACUGAGAAUGCGGAGCAAUUGGGGGUUCGGUUGGCGUUGAAGGGGGAGAGGGCGGGGAGCGUGGAGUUGAUUCCUGGGCUUGUUGUUGAGAUCGAGGAGUAAGAUAUGUGGAUGGGGGAACAUUAUGCAUGUAUGCUGCGCUGGGCUCGAAUGGUUGACCCGUACUCAGCUAAGCUAUAACCGCGCCUAGGAAAAGAUCAUGUCUGCGAGACAUGCAUCUAGGUGUUGCAUUCUAGACUGUGAUGUGCGCGAGAUCCAAUUCUUCGUGUUCAUGCCUGCAGAGAGCAGUAUUCUCAUUUGCCAGCAACACGGUGGCAACAGCCCGAGUUAGAGCUACGCCACCCCUCAUAAAGUUACAGAACACAAGACCACAGCCGCAGGGGCUAAGCGGG